AUGACAGGGAAAGCAGUAGAAGAUAUGAUUCGUUUUGAAAAUGACUGCCACUUCUCCCAGGUUGCAGGAUCCAAACCGUGUGGUGAUAAAGAUGAUCGAAAUCCUGGUGAUAACGAUGAGGCUACCCGCAACGAUCAGAUGAGGAAGUAUAGAUGGGGUAUUGAUCGUGUUUGUACCAUAGCGACGAAUAUACAUUGCGAUUUUCGCGCAUGGUAUCAUAUCGCAACGAAUUUUCGCUACCAAAAGUGCCCUGCUUCUUCGUCUGAGACCAAGAACCUUGAGAAUGAAAAAAAACGCUCAAUUACCGACUACAGAGCACUGACAGGAGUGGAUCCGUCAUCAAAUUCGCGACGAAACGUCCAAAGAAAGAACAAAUCAGAUAUUAUAAAACGUUACAUAAGGCAAAAGGAACAAUACCAGUCUGAGAACGCGACACGCAAUGCGAGCACUGCAACAACUGUGGAUAGUAUUGAUCGCAAAAGGACGUUUCCAGUUCAAAACUGGAAAAGGCCAAGUGUAUGCAAAAGAAAGUUCUGGACGGAAGUAAUAAUGGAAUAUCUAAAGAAACUCUGCAUUGACGAGCAGUUCAGGGGGCGAGAAAUUCUCUCGAAAUGCGAGCGCAAAAUUCCAGCAAAACACCGCAUUGAUUGUUGUUUGGACGAGGAUCUGUGCAGGGAUCGUCCAAAUACAGCGAAAAUGGGAUUUGUAUGUUCGCGUGAAGUUGCUAAAUUUUCUGCAUGUCCAGAAUUCCCCGCACCAGAUCCUGAGGAAACGGGUGUGAUUUUUCGAACAGUCAACAGAACUCAUUAUUACGUUGUCACAAGCGGGCCUAUAUCUAUGGAAGAUGCUAAGAAGAGAUGCGAAAAAAUUGCAUACCAACUAGCCAUAUUUAAAGAUAACGCACAAGAAAAACGUGCAGUAGAUGAAUACAAACACGAGCAGUGUGGGACCUGCUUCCGCGGCUACUGGGUAGCGAAUCGUGACGAAGUCGGGUGUUACACAAUGAACAGUUGUGCUCAUAGUCGAAUUGAGGACUGUGGAGUUCUAACACAAAAUGAAUACCGCGCUCCCCAACACCUCAAUUACGACAGGAAAACUUUCUCCAGGAAAUCCGACUGGGGGAUACCCUCGAAUGAGUGCGAGGCACUAUGGUUUGGGAGAGAACCUGGCAGCACUGGACGAGUGAAGGCAAGCUGCACCGGAAGAAUGGAUCAUGAGGCGAGGCUCUUCUACAAGAUAGAAGGAUAUAUAUGA